GCGGGUCGGCCUGAGGCGGCGGCGGCGGCGUGGAGGAGGAGGGGGCCGGGCCGGGGGCGCCGCGAUGCUGCUGACGGUCUUCUGCCUGCGGCGGGACCGCUCCGAGCUGACCUUCUCGCUGCAGGUGGACGCCGACUUCGAGCUGCAGAACUUCCGCGCCCUCUGCGAGCUCGAGUCCGGCAUCCCCGCCGCCGAGAGCCAGAUUGUCUAUGCAGAGGUGCCUCUAACCGACAACCACAGAUCGUUGGCUUCCUAUGGCUUGAAAGAUGGGGACGUGGUGGUAUUGCAGCAAAUGGAGAAUGCAGAGAGGCGGGCUCCAUUCCCUGGCUUGCCCAGGAUAGACUUCAGCAGCAUCACAGUGCCGGGGACGUCGGCACAAGCAGCCCAGCCACUGCCACAGCAGCCUGCACCACCCCCUCGCACGUCUCCUCCUGAAGUCCCCCCCGCCCCCCAGGGCUUGGACAACCCGGCUCUCUUGCGGGACAUGCUGCUCGCCAACCCGCAUGAGCUCUCCCUGCUGAAGGAGCGCAACCCACCCCUGGCAGAAGCCCUGCUGAGCGGAGACCUUGAGAAGUUCUCCCAGGUGCUGGUGGAGCAGCAGCAGGACCGAGCGCGCCGGGAGCAGGAGCGGAUCCGCCUCUUCUCUGCCGACCCUUUUGAUCUGGAGGCUCAGGCAAAGAUUGAAGAGGACAUCCGGCAGCAGAACAUUGAGGAGAACAUGACGAUCGCCAUGGAGGAGGCCCCCGAGAGCUUCGGCCAGGUGGUGAUGCUGUACAUCAACUGCAAGGUCAACGGCCACCCCGUGAAGGCCUUCGUGGACUCGGGGGCCCAGAUGACCAUCAUGAGCCAAGCGUGUGCUGAUAGGUGCAACAUCAUGCGACUCGUGGACCGGCGGUGGGCAGGCAUUGCCAAGGGUGUGGGCACUCAGAAGAUCAUUGGCAGAGUGCACCUCGCUCAGGUUCAGAUCGAAGGGGACUUCCUGCCGUGUUCCUUCUCCAUCCUGGAGGAGCAGCCCAUGGACAUGCUGCUGGGACUGGACAUGCUGAAGAGGCACCAGUGUUCCAUCGACCUCAAGAAGAACGUCUUGGUGAUCGGCACCACCGGUUCUCAGACGACCUUCCUGCCGGAGGGGGAGCUCCCCGAGUGCGCGAGGCUGGCCUAUGGGGCCGGCCGGGAGGAUAUGAGGCCAGAGGAGAUAGCAGACCACGAACUGGCAGAGGCCAUCCAGAAGUCCGUCGAGGAAGCAGAGAAUCCUGACAAAGAAACUACCUCACCAGAAACAUCUUCGCUACCGAGUUCUGAUGGAUUUAAACGUCCCGUCCGUUUUCCGGAAAUGGGUGUGAAGACCAGUAAGUCCUUCGGCCGGUCACUCGACCGCUCCAUCUCUGCUCCUACCCUCGGCCGCCACCGGCCCAGCCCAGCUGAGACUGUUCGCCCUCGACCUGCAAAGUCUGUAGAGUCCCUUCCCGAAUGCCCAGCUGCUCGAGGGAGGGGAGAACGGCCUCUUUCCGAUCGCGAUGCUUUCAGCCAUGUUGAUGCUUCUCUAGCUGGAACAGAACUGUCGUGUAGUCCAAAUAGUCCUUCACUGAACACACCUGCCAAGCCAUCUCGUGCUCAGGGCAGCGGCCCAGGUCUGGCGCCUCCGCUGGAAGAAGCAGAGGGGAGCCGUUUGCCACUAGGCGCUGCUGCUCCGCUGCCUUCCUCGCGCCUGGAACUGAGCCAAACGGGCCCCCAGCCACCCGAGGAGGAGCUUGGCAUGGAACAGUCGCCAGGCGAGCCACUUCAGGCAUCCGGGUCCCGGGAGGAUGUGUCUGCCACGGGUGCAGACGGAGGGCUGGCCCCUGACCCCUUUAUGCCUGAAGGGAGCGGAGCCAAGGACAGCAAGUCGACACUUCCCUGUGAGGAGGAGGAGGAGGGGACUCAGAGCCCAGGAUCUGCACCAGACGAGCUCCCCGGGAAUGAAGCCCUCAUGGAAGUGGAGGCCACCGGCCAGGCCUUCCUGGGAGAGCAGAAUGCCCAUUGGCCGGCUGGGAGCCCCGAGUGUUCUGCGAUGGAGGCCGAAUCGUCCAAGUCUUCGCUCCCCGUGGAUCCUCUUCCUGCGAGUGACUUGAAGCCGACUGGGAGAAGAAGGCUCGCCUCCACAGACACACCUGCCGCGGUUGGUGUCUCGGGCCCUCUUCCUCCUCCUGAAGGGCAGCUGAGCCGUCAGGCAGAAGAGGCUUCGCCGUCUCUGGCCUCUGCCUUGAAGGAGCUCCAUCAGCUCCUGGUUGCGAGUUAUAAGAAGGCCUCUUGGAACGAGAGCGUUGAUCAGCCAGGGGCCCUUCCUGAUGAGGAAACUGCAGAGGAGGUCUUUGAAGGGAGACCACGUGACUGUCGCGACCGAGACGUCCAGGAUGUGGAGCUCCCCUCUCCUGAAGGGGUGACUGGAUGUGUCCACAACGACACCUCAGCAGGGGGACAGGAGACACUGGGAUUGCCUGGCAGAGGUGCUCUGGUCAUCGAAGAGCCUUUGGACUUGGAUUUGAGUCGCUCAGUUGUACCUUCAGCGGCCUCCCGUGAACCUUCCAGUGCUGAAUGCUCUGAAACGUUACCUCCGUGUUUCUCUUCUGACCAAACUGCAGGCAGUGAAGCUUUGGCGCAGAACCAGCCUCCCUCCAGCCUUGCCCAGGGCCGUGAAUCUCGGAGCGUUUUGAAUUUCCCCCCAGGAGAACCCAGAAUGCCCGUCUCCUCAAGCACCGGUGAACCAGGUGCUCUGCACAUCUGCUCUCCGGAAAGUGAUUCUGCCGCUCCUCCGCUUCCAGUUUUCCCCUCUGGGGACAUUGAGCAGAUUGUGAGAGCGGGCUUUACACCCCAGGAAGCCAGCGAGGCUCUGGAGCGCGCGGGUGGGGAGGUGGAUCUUGCCCUCCUUAUUUUGCUAGCCAAGAAGAUUGUCGUUCCUCCGUGACCCGAAGAAGAUGGCCUGGCUUCUGCUGCAUACUUCUGAAUCGCGUAGAGUAUCCUGCUUUGAUGAUUGAGCCAGACAUUUAAAAAAACAAAAUCCUUUCCUUUCAGCCAAAGCAUCUUCUGUCUGUCUCUCGCCCCCCCCCCCCAAUGUUCAAUUCAGGCUUUUUAAAAAAUCAAAUCUUGUAUCACACAUCAACUUUUAAUUACUAUUAUUAAGGCAAUGCAUUAUGGAAUAAAGAUAAAUCUUUUAUUCAAACCCCUGGUUUUAAAGAAAGAUACAAGAUUAGAAUAAGCUAUAAAACAUUGCUUUGGAAACGCCUUCUGAAAGGAGCGGGAGCCGUGCGGGACCACGUAUUGUGCCUGUGUGAGAUGCAUCCAUGUCAGCAGGGUUUGUGCCAUAGAUGCUCCUGCUGAGCAUGUGAGCUGAUGGUGCUUGGCAAGCGACAGAGCAUGGGAGUGGUGCUUGUGUGAGAGCAUGGGGUGUGCGGCCGUGCAGGGGAGGCGUGUGGGCGCCCGGCCCAGGCCUUUGCUGGGAUCCCGAGAGGGGGAGCGCUCCCUCUUCCCCCACAGGGCCACCCGUUCGGCCUUGGCAUGGUGGGGCCCAGCAGGCCUGGAAGCGGCAUGAGGAGGAGGAGGGGGCAGGUGUGCCUUGCCUCUGCCAGGUUUAAGGGCAUCCGCCAAGAACACUCCCAGUCGCAAAGGGCCAGCGCUUUGCCAGGUGAUGCUGGUGUCCUGUCUUGCCGGCUGGGUCCCUCUGGCAGUGCUGCAUCCCUGUGCCUCUGGGGCACUGCCUCAUUAGCAGCUGAGAGGGAGGUGGGGGCAAUCUACUGAGAGAAGCCAUGCAGGCUGCCAGGAUGGGUCAUACCCUCUGUGGGCGAGGCUUCCCAGGGGUGGGCUAGUAGUGACCAGUCAGUGGAUUCUGAAAACACCCCCGUGUCAACACUGUAGAAGAUUCGGAUUUCCUGGCAUGGCGGGAGGGAUGCAUCCCUUUCUCCCACCCGAAGAAGAGAGUCUCUGCUCCUCACGGCAGAUGUCCCGUAUUGCCACGGCUGGGUGCGCAGCAGGCCUGAAAGAAUGUGCUUAAUCCAGUGUGCCCGUCUGUUGCCCUCACCCUUUGGGUUCAGUGGGUCCCUCUCGACGUUGUAGGACCCUGACAGUGUUUCCUCAC